UUCUCCAAGAGAAAACCUCACUCGUCCUCCCGCAAAGGAUGACCGCCACCCCGCUACCCGCGAGCAGCAUGGGGCCGGCCCUUGUCAUCGGCGCCACCGGCUACAUCGGCCGCUUCGUGGCGGAGGCAUGCCUUGAGAGUGGGCGCGCCACCUACAUCCUCGUCCGCCCGGGCUCGGCGUCCCCUGCAAGGGCCGCCACCGUCGAUGCCCUCCGAGCGAAAGGCGCCAUCGUCGUGGAGGGAUCCGUAAAUGAUAAGGACCUCGUGGAGAGGAAGCUGAGAGAGGAAGCCAUCGAGGUGGUUAUUUCAGUGAUGGGCGGUGCUCAAAUUCUGGACCAGCUCAACCUACUCGAGGCCAUUAAAGCCGUCGGUUCCAUUAAGAGGUUUUUGCCAUCAGAGUUCGGUCAUGACAUCGAUAAGGCUGACCCAGUGGAGCCUGGCCAGAGUUUCUACAAGGAGAAGAGGAAAGUCCGUCGUGCCAUCGAGGCUGCAGGGAUCCCCUACACCUAUAUCUGUUGCAACUCGAUUGCCGGGUGGCCUUACCACGAUAACACCCACCCGUCGGAGAUUGCUCCGCCACUGGACCGCUUCCAGAUCUACGGUGAUGGCAACGUUAAAGCCUUCUUUGUUGCUGGGAGUGACAUUGGAAAAUUCACAAUCAAAGCAGCAUAUGACUCCCGCACUCUCAACAAAAUCGUUCAUUUCCGCCCAGCUUGCAAUUGUCUUAGCUUGAACGAAAUGGCUUCUCUGUGGGAGAGUAAGAUUGGACGGACCCUGCCGAGAGUUACCUUGACCGAGAAGGACUUGCUUGCCAUGGCAAAAGAGAACCGCAUUCCGGCAAGCAUAGUUGCUGCUUUGACUCAUGACAUAUUCAUCAAUGGCUGCCAAGUCAACUUCUCAAUGGAUGGGUGUAAGGAUGUUGAGAUUACUUGCCUCUACCCUGAUAUCUCAUUUCGAACCAUUGACGAAUGCUUCAAUGACUAUGCAGCAGACCUACCGCUCAAGCAAGGCAAUGAGAUCACCUCCCCAAAUUCUAUGGUGGAUAGGGUGUCCAUUACACCAACGGGUGCUUGAAAACAUCUUAGAUGAUCACUCUUUUCUCUAGCCAAUCUGAGGAGCACUAUAGCUCCCUCUUUUAAUAGAACUUCUGCUUGGUAGUCUUGUAUGGUUAUGGUUUCAACAUGACUAGUGGACCUAUUUUGCAUGUGUAUCCGUGGAGUUUGUGGUAUUUGGACGUGUCAAUCUAUAUUGUAUAAGUGUUCUAUAUCCAAAAUUCAUGCAGCUGCGUUCAAUAUGCUAGAAUUUACUGGAGUUCAUGUUUUUAUGGAUAGGGAUGGCAAUUUACUCUAUCCCAUCGAAUCAAGUAUUUGACUUGA